AUGGAGUUUCAAGGGAUUGCUUAUGACCUCUACUCUCUGAACAUUAUGAUCAAUUGCUUCUGCCGGCGCCGGAAACUCGGCUUUGCUUUCUCUGUUUUGGGGAAGAUGUUGAAACUUGGAAAGAUGGAAGGAAGAAAGAUCAAGCUCGAUGCAGCCAAAUACAAUAUUAUCAUCGAUGGUCUUUGCAAAGAUGGGAAGCUCGACGAUGCAAUCAAUCUUUUCAAUGAAAUGGAAAUGAAAGGGAUCAAAGCAAUGUUAUCACCUACAGCACUCUCAUCGGAGGCUUUGUAA